AUGGUCCAGAAACUAGAUUUUGAGUGUGGAAAGGAAUCAUGUCCUUUUCAAAGGAACCGUUCUUCAUUGCUUUCUUGUUUUGUCUCUUCUCCUUUUCCAGCACACACUGCUUUUGCAGAACACAAUAGAUGGCAAAGUCCCAUUAAACACAAUGUCUUCGAAAUUUUAAAAAGUAAUGAGGGUCAGCUGUGUAAAGUCCUCCAGAAUAAGUUUGGGUGUGUCUCUACCCUGAGCUCUCCGAGGGUAGCAAGAAACAGCGCUCCUGCUCAGCAGGUCUUCAGAAGGAUGCUGACCCCUUGGAUAGAGUUAUCUGUCUGGAAGGAUGACCUCACCAGACAUGUUGUUGAUGCUGUGGUGAAUGCAGCCAAUGAAGAACUUUGGCAUGGAGGUGGCUUGGCUGGAAGCCUGGUGAAAGCUGGUGGCUUUGAAAUCCAAGAAGAAAGCAAAAGAUUCAUUGCCACCUAUGGGAAAGUUCCAACUGGUCAAAUAGCUGUCACAAGAGCAGGGAGGCUUCCUUGCAACUGGAUUAUCCAUGCUGUCGGGCCUCGGUGGACAGGCAGCCAGACAUCUAUUGACCUUCUGAGAGCUGCCAUUAAGAACACCCUAGACUAUGUCUGCAUACGAAAUACACACAUUAAGACGGUAGCAAUUCCAGCCCUGAGAUCUGGAAUUUUCCAAUUUCCUCUGGAUUUGUGCACACACACAAUUUUAGAAACUAUCUCACUUUAUUUCCAAGGGAAGCAACCCAUCAGUUAUUUGAAAGAGAUUCAUCUGGUGAGCAAUGAGGACCGCACUGUUGCAUCCUUUAAAGAUGCAGCGGAAAACAUCCUGGGGAAGAUGGAGCUGAGCCCCUCUGAGAGUCCAGGAACGACCCCUUCUUCCAAUGUGAUGCUUCAGAUUGGCCAGGGCCAGACUCUCCAGAUUGUCCAAGGCUGUAUUGAACUGCAAACAACAGAUGUCAUUGUUAAUUCUGGAUUCCUACAUGAUCUUAAAAGUGGAAGUGUGUCACAGUCAAUUGUUAAACAAGCAGGACUUGAAAUGGAAAGGGAACUUGACAAGGUUAAUCUGUCUUCAGAUUACCAGAUGGUACUAGUCACAAAAGGAUUUAAAUUGUCCUGUCAGUAUGUGUUCCAUGUGGCAUGGAAAUUUGAAAAAAAACAACAG